CGCCGGCUGAAAUCUAUUUUUCAGAAUUUCUUAUCCCAAGUAAAACUGUGUUUUAGUCAGUAAUUUAAGAAAAAGUACAGAACUUUAGUAAGAGGUUAUUGACUAAAAUGGAAAACGAAAUAUUGGACUCACUUAGCGACUUGAGCUAUGAAGGCCCACUCUCUGAAGAAGCUGUCUUUGCAAAGGCUAUUGAGGGAGGUGCCAAGUCCCUUGACUUCACCAAACUUGUGCACAUAUUGGCCGAAGAGUUGAAGAAUCUCUGUCACCUCGAAGAGACUGUAAACAUGAUUAAUGAUCCAGACGAUUCAAGCUCGUUCCUGCUGGAACUUAGUUCAUUUUUGAAAGAAUUGGGAUGUCCCUACAAGAAAUUGGUAACAGGUCAUAUGUCAUCUCGACUACAAUCUAAAGACGAUCGUCUGUUACUGCUUGAUUACCUGAUCUCCGAGCUCAUGGCAGCUAGAAUGGUGAAUGUAGAUCGUCCACAAGAUAAGGGCUCAGGCAUGGAGAUUGUUAUGCGUGAAUCUCCAACAGCCAAAGAUCUCAAAGAUAUAUUGAUUACUCUAAAAUUUAACAAACCACCACCGAAUAUCACUCCGGAAGUGUUAUUCUCCAAACUGGAAGGAAAAUUAAAGGAUACCAUACAAAAGGAAGGUGAACAAUUAGUUGGUAAGCCACUGUACAACAAGGCUUUAAGUGACAAAGAUUGGAAACAAUUGGAGACAAGCUUCACGGAGAUGUUUGAAGAAUACAGACUAAGGAGAGAGACACUUAUAACCAGAUUGGAAUGUACCAUACAAAGUUUUGAGUGGUCAGAUCGAUUGAAAACGCAGAAGGACGCAAUCCAGUCCACUUAUCGUCCGAAACGGGAACAUCUGAAACCGAAGCCAGAUGUGAAACUGUCAGACUUCUUAGCGGCCAGAACGUCGCUGCUGCAAGUAGAGAAGACUUCCAGUGCUACUGUUAGAAAGAAUACCAGAAGCGAUGUCAACAAAGUUCUGAUUGGACAAGUACCAGACCGAGGUGGUAGACCCAAUGAGCAGCAACCUCCACCGCCAGAGAUGCCCUCCUGGCAACAGAGAUCAUCAGCUCCGAGUGGUGGCGGCCGAGGUGGAGGAGGGCGAGGGGGUCGCGGUGGUGAAGGGGGCAGAGGGGGGCGCGGUGCUGAGGGGGGCAGAGGGGGGAGGGGAGGGCGCGUGCAAGGCGGCUACGCGCAGACCACCGGAGACAGUAGACCGCAGUCCAGUCAGUCGGGCUACAACGGUCAGAACCAGCGGAAGUUUCAAACUUACGAAGUGCCCCCCGGCGGAUACGAUCAGAACAGAGGACGUUACGAGUCAAACCAGUCCGGGUAUAGCUCGAACCAGUCCGGGUACAACUCGAACCAGUCCGGGUACACGUCGAACCAGCCCGGCUACACGUCGAACCAGUCCGGGUACACGUCGAACCAAUCCGGUUACAACUCGAACCGGUCUAGUCUCGACCUAAACCGUUCCGGUUAUGAUUCGAACCGGUCGAGCUUUGAUAAUAGCCGGGGCAGCCAGGGCGGCGGGUACACCCAGGGCUAUGGCGGCGGAUAUCAAACGUACGACAGCCUGGGGAAUUACAAUCAAGGGGGCGGAAACCCGGGCUACCGAACCCAGAACUACUCGGCCAGCUCGGGGCGGGCCCGUGGCGGCUACAGGACCUCCCGUUGAUGCAGCCCGACAUCUGUCCGCGGACAGCACCGCGCCUCGCCCUCCUACGGCGUCAGUGUCCGGUAAUAUCAGGGGUAUAGUAUCAAAUUUCACUACAUCGAAUUCUUUAAUUACUGGUGAUAGGACGUCUUGUGAGCCCGCACGAGUAGGUACCACCACCCCGCCUAUUGCUGCCGUGAA